ACGUUCACUGUACCCUCCCGGAAAGCGCUUGCGAAGCUGCUCCCCAGAAACGAAACUUAGCAUCCCUACCUUCACGUCCCCUUCCUUCCCACACUCCGGCUUAAUUUUCCAUGGACUUCCCCGUCAACCCAAACCCUAGCUGCACCUACUUCGCCGCCGGUGACAUCAUCGACUGGCCGGAGUUCGAGCUCUCCGACUUACUCAUGCUCAACGGCGGGGAUGGUGGCUCCGAGGAGGACUCAGCGUCGCACUCCACAAUCGCGUCGGAGACGGGCGGUGUGGAUAUCAGCGUCAGCGGUGAAUCAGCUGGACGGAUCGCCGGCGCAAAGAGCAAUCACAUAAAAGGUGAAAGCGAGAGAAAGGGAAAGCAGGUGGAGGAGGGCAAGCAGAGGGUAGCAUUCAGAACGAGAUCAGAGAUGGAGAUCAUGGACGAUGGGUACAAAUGGAGAAAGUAUGGGAAGAAGAAGGUCAAGGACAGCCCAUUUCCAAGGAACUAUUUUAGAUGUACAAGCCAAGGAUGCAGCGUGAAGAAAAGGGUAGAAAAGGAGAAGGAGGACCCAAGCUAUGUGAGAACAACAUAUGAGGGAGUGCACAACCAUGACAGCCCUAGUGUGGUCUAUUACACCCACUUGCCCCCACCACCGCUUCAUCCCCUCACUCAUCCCUGGAUCUUGCAACCUCCUCCUCACCUGUCUCCUUAAUAGAUACUUCUAUUUUCUAACUAGCUAGCCUGCCAGCCACUGUAUUAUUAUUAUUAUUAUUAUUAUUGGAACAUUAAAAUUUACAUUAAAUUGGUAAUUGAUGUACACUGUCUUUUUUAGAUCUGCAGUGAUUUACCAUGUCUCAGACAGAUCCACUGUAAUAUACAUUGUGGUUAAAAUAAACUGUUGUACUUAUUAAUUAC